UAACUGUCACUAACAAAUUGACACAAGUUGCAGCUGACAGCAGCACAGAGCAGGGUCAUGGAGCCACAACAGAUCAGAGAGGGAUACUUGGUAAAGAAGUGAGUGAAGGGAGCAAAGGAUACUGCAAGCUCAACGUGGCACGAGAGUUUAUGUAAUGGACUAACAAAAACCCAAAGUUUUCAAGGGUACAUUGCUAAACUCCUGGAAAGCAGUGUGGGUAGUGCUGUCAGAAGAUGGGCUGGAAUUCUAUAAAAAGAAAACAGACCACUCUCCGAAAGGAAUGAUCCCACUAAAGGGAGCCACGCUCAUGAGUCCUUGUCAGGAUUUCGGCAAGAGGACGAUGGUUCUCAAGAUUACCACAGACAAGAAGCAGGAUCACUUCUUCCAAGCCUCACAUAUGGAGGAGAGAGAGUUUUGGGUCAAGGACAUCAAGAGAGCCAUUACCUGCCUCGAGGGGGGAAAAAAGUUUGCCAGGAAGUCCACAAGACGCUCCAUUCGCCUACCUGACACAAUCAACCUGACAGAAUUGUACACACUAAUGAAAGACCAAGAUGAUGGCGUAAAAGAGUUAAAACUGGAGCAGGAGAAUCGAGUCUUCAACCACUGCUUCACCGGUGUGACAGUGGUAGAGUGGCUGAUUUCAAAGGAGAAAGCGAGAAAUAGGCCUGAGGCUCUCAUGUUAGCAACAGGGCUCCUGAAUGAGGGUUUUCUCCAGCCUGCGAGUGACCUGUCCAAAGAGAGAGCAGAAAGUGGAGAGCAAAUGGCCUUCUUAGAUCAGACAAUUGCUCUUUAUUACUUUGCAGACAGUGGGUUCUUCUGUGAAGGCUACUCCAGUGAUGAAGACGUGCUUCUAAAGGAAGAAUUCAGAGGAAACAUCAUAAAACAGGGCUGUUUACUGAAACAGGGACAUAAGAGAAAAAACUGGAAAGUGCGAAAGUUCGUGCUAAGAGAUGACCCUGCUUAUAUGCAUUAUUAUGAUCCUACAAAGGGUGAUGACCCCCUGGGCUCGAUCCAUCUCCGUGGUUCUGUGAUUACAGCUGUGGAGUAUGUGCCUGAUGCCAAAAAAUAUGACAUUGAUGGCAACCUCUUUGAGAUCAUCACCUCAAAUGAAACUCACUACUUCCUCCAAGCUGCUACAGCAGAAGAAAGAAAGGAGUGGAUCAAAGCAAUACAGGCAGUGUCAAAAAGUGGAAAAUAACAGGAGCAUUGGGACAGCCACAUGUUGAUUGUAAAAUCACAUGUUUGCAAUGUCUUUAAUUACAUGUACAUGUACAUGUCAGCGAAGUAUAGCUGAAUUAUUAUUGUAGUGUCAUUCUAGAGUAACUGGCAAGUUUAACUCCUUCAUACACUAUCAAACUAAUGUUAUGAUGUUUUUGUGCAGUAUGUAACUAAUUAAAGAAAAAUAAAGGUUAUAAUGUCUAAAU